GUAUAACUUUGGGAAGCACAAGAAGAGGCAGCACAGGGAGCAAACUUCUCUCUCCUGGUUGUUUUCUUUUGGACCUACUUUGCAUUUCAUAAAAGGACCUUACUGCUGACAGACUGUGCACAAGGGAUUGUCCUUUGUUUACUUUCUUCAUUCAGUAGUUACUUUCCCAAGCUUUUUUUUUUCUUCUUCUUGAUCUGCAGCGAUUAUUUUGUUUGUUGAUCUUAGCAUUUUCCAUCAGAUUGUUUCUUCACUUGCACGAGCUCUGGGGAAGGCGUGACCACACAUCCGAAAUCCCCUCAAAACUGAGUUCCUCCUCCAGCUACGAGGGAGUGUGGAGCCGGACCGACACACACAAAUACAAACACACACACACACACACCUGUUGUUGUUGAGGAUUCCCUUGGAGUGCAGUCAUGGACAUCUGCGUCACUGCUGCCUGAGGGAAUCUGUGCGUCCGCGCAGCUGCUAUCUGGCGGUGACCCCGGUGAACGUUACUGUAGACGCUGACCUGACCGUCCGGGUUAGAGGAGGGAGAUGUCAACCUACUACCCACGCACCAAGGACCUGACCCGCACCAGGAAGUCACUGACAGAUUCUCCACCGUCGUCUCCGUCCGCCACAGACAAAAACUACAGACAUGAGAGGCUGUCAAGAUAUGACUCCAGUGGCGAGAGCGCGACGGACAAGCCGCUGGGCCGAACCAGCUCUUACCAGCGGAGAGAGACGCGGCUGGCAGCGCUGACGCGACAGGAGCAAGACUCCACCGCCAAAGACUAUAAGAAGAUGUAUGCUGAAGCUCUGCAUGAGAACGAGAGGCUCAAGUCGAGGCUGCAGGACAGCAAGCAGGAGUUGGCCAAGAUCCGUUCCCAGCUGGAGAAAGUCACCCAGAGACACGACAGGAUAUCAGAGAGAUCGUCAGUACUUGAAUCAGAGAAGAGGGAAAAACAAGCUCUUGAGAAAAGAGUGUCAGACAUGGAGGAGGAAGUAAAGCAGGACGCCCCACUGCGGUUCCGCUGUGGGUACCAGCCCUGAAGGCGGGCUGUCUCGGGGGAGGGGGGAUGAUCUUAACGGAGCUCAAGUCAGACAACCAGCGGCUAAAGGAUGAGAACGGGGCUCUCAUCCGAGUCAUCAGCAAACUGUCCAAAUGAAAAAGAUGUCUGUGAAGCUCCCGUUCUGUCCGCGGACGCUCCGACCCCGCUGUGACCGCCGGUCCGUCCACGAGGUCCCGGGUUUGAACUCCUCUCUGAGCUGUGCCGAUGGGCCGGUCUGGCUGCAUUCGCAAGAGAAACAUUCUGAUAAUUUCUGCUUGACAGUUGGAAAGAUCCAAAGAAAUGUGCUUAAACGUUUUGGUCAAAUUUCAGAGAUAGCUUGAUGAGUUAUUAGAAUGUUUUUUUUUUUUCCUUCGUGUUCAAUAUUGGGACCAGCUGCACCACUUUGGACGACACUUCAAGCUCCAGUUCACAGAAAUCUGAAGCACUGUAGCUAAUAUUUUGCAUUCUACAUCGUGCAACACGUAAAAGUGUUGUAGUAUAUUCUUAAAAGUCCGAUUCCACUGUCGGGGAAGAACAAAUGUUUCUUCAUUCAGAUUCAGCUGAUUUCCACAGAGAUGCCUGAAAAGCGUCCGCACUGUGACGGAGACGGUCACGAGGAUGCAUGUGUUUUUUUUUUCAGGUGCGUUUGCUUUGACUGACAACUCACUCGUGUUUGUCAUUCAGCGGUGCUGCUCGCCACGACUCAGUGCCUCCUCAGAGCGAAUUUCUGAGCUCCGAGCUACACGAGCGGUAAACCUCAGACUUCUGUGGGUGUUUUCAGCGAUUUGUUUCUAAUGCAGCUUUAUAAGGCUCAGCGUAUCAAUGCCCAGGGACAGAAACACGUUGCACACAACACCAAGAAGCCUUUGGCAGAACUGCUCUUUCCAACUGGUUGGAUUUCAGACGAUUCAGUCCAGCUUUUAGCUUUCAGAAAAUUACUUUUGCGAGCCUUUUGAGCAGUAUGUGUUUCCCGCUUAACGAGCAUUCAAUAGUGUCUCCACUGUCUUCUUUUUUUUUUUUUUCCUCCGACACUGCUACAUUAGAUCUGAACGGCACGGCCCUGAGUGCAUGCACUUAGCAGCCUGCAGACAAAGCUGAUCUUUGAUCGCUUGGGCAUCACUCGCAGCCUGGUGUCACAUCCAGAACGGUACAGUUUCCAUGAGAACCUGAUUUAUGUUCAGCACAGACUCGGUCCUUUGUGUGCCUUUGGCUGCCGUGCAUCUUUUCUUUCUGCACAUCCUUUGCAGAGGAGUUUUUCUUGUUUCUUUCCUUUUUUUAUUUUCAGUCAGAAACGCAAAACAAAGGAGUGGCUGAACUGAGGAGGCUCUCUGAAUGUGUGUAAAUUAAAUGUCAGAUCUUCUUUUUUUUUCUUUGCAAUAGAGCUAUAUUUAUUUAUUUAUAGAUAUGAGUUUUAGUCUGUAUUCCUCACUUACUCCGUUUUCCUUUAAAAGGAAUACACAGAUCACUCCAUCUUUGUGUUUGGUGACGAAAGGACAAAUACCAAAAUCUCUGAAACCUCUCUGUCUUCAGCAUCAAUAACAAUUUAAAGUUUGAAGGAUAAGCGGCGAUCAGUCAAAUUUUAAUCAAAGAGCACACUAAUAAAGUGACUAAAAUCGUUUGUUGCCAGACCUUUUCGUCUGGCAGUUCAAUAAGAAAAAAUGUCAUUAUUCUUCAAUAUUUUGUCUCCAACAAAUAUUUGAAUCACAGAAGUUAAUUAGGUAUUAUUGACACAAGAAGUGAAAACUGUGAAAACACUCUGAUGUCAUAGGCUCCCUCGUGAAGUAAACCCAUCGUGAUGUCCCUGUCACUUUCUUCUUAUAGCUUUGAGCCCCACACACUAACACACACACACACACACAGAUUAUGUAACCCCCGCCCCCAUCAUUCUUCUAUCCCCACUGAGAGGGAAAUUAUUCGAAGAUUGCCACUUCUUAUGGAUACCGUAUCUGAGAUGCAGUGUUGGGUGUUUUUGUGAGAGUUUAGCUCAGAACAGGCAACGGCAUCAAAAUCUAAUCUUCAGCUGCAGGGAUGAGGAAAGUCUCCCUACUUCUGUGGGAUUUACGUGCCUUUUACGAUCCGGAAAGCCAUGUGAUCUGCAGCUUCACUCGCCUCGGCAUGAAUACUUGACGAUGGCUGACUUCACUUCCUACAUAAAACAUGAUCGAGCACUUAAUUCCAAACAACGCAGAGUAGUCUGGAAUCAUCAGAUCAAGUCCAGUCUCUGUAAAAGUCACCAGAUUUCUGCUCAUUUCUGUUUUCUCUCACUGUAGAUAAAAACAAUGCAUCUGGCCUCAAACAUGCAGAUGUCAGGUCAUCUCAGAAACGAAGAAGGAAAGUUCCUGAUGAUCUCAAAACUAUGACACAACUGUACUGAAAUCCUGAAGAAAUUAUUAUUAAAAAUUAUUAAUAAUUAAUCAGAACAAAAAUAUUGAUACUUCGGACGCUUGUGUGACCGAUAAUUGUGCUAGAAUAUCAACUUUUACAUUGUAGAUACAUUUUUGAAAUGUUUCCCCCUUUCAGUCUUAUUUUCUCCUGGUUGAUAUAUCUGCUUCUUUUCUCCACUCAUGUGAUUAUUAACACAGUUGUAUUGAUACCCCACAUAAUGCUGUUUGCUGUGGUGUCCCUUUCAUAGUUAGAAUUUUAAAAGAAACACCUUCAGUCUGUCCUCUUGAUUGAGACUGUUGCUCCGCCGGCUCUGGAUUUAGCUUUAUAUCAGAUUGGAAAGGAAAUCGGUGGUGAUAUAUAUUUCUAAUACUUUAAAAAAAAAUCACAUUCAGAGACUACUUGCACUGACAUGUCACACUGUGUAUAUCUCACCUCAGAGGCCUGAAAGUUUGUUGAAUCUCUGAAAACAGUUCAGAGCUACGACACAACUGGAUCACUUCCCUGAAAUCCCUUCGUUUCACCAUAUUUGAUGUGUUUAGAUUUACAUUUAUUGGGUCUGCUUAUUGGAUAUCGUGCACUAGAGAUCUGAAGGAUUUCGGUAUCUGCUGCCUCUUCACAUUUUCAGUCUUUUCUGUAUUCGUCAAACAGUGUGAUGGUUUUGGAGUCCAGCCAGGGAAGCACGCCGUAUCACCGCCGAUAUGUUUGAUCACUUCCUGUAACCUGAACUAUAACGAAGAAAAGCUGCCGUAUGUGUCUCUCUCCACACGUGCUGUUGAUACUGUAUAAUAAACUACGCAGGAUAAUGUGUUUGAAAUGUGUUAAAUGACGGGCUUACGAUACACACACUGUUUUGUUCACUUUGCUUAAUAAAGUGUGAAAAGGGGGAAAAUGUGUCUCUGUGAC